AUGAGCCUCCUCCCUUCUCAUCCCAUGGCUAUCUUAACAUAAAACUGUCUUAAAGUCAGAGUGUUUUCCAAUAAAUAGUUUGAAUAUAAGUAAGAAUGGAAUUAUAAGAAUUUCAGAACCAGAUUUUUAAGUGUGAUUAUAGGAAUAAGAAAUUAACUAUAGUUUAAAACAAAUUCAUAGUUUUCAAAAUAGAAAAAUUAAUCAGCACAUAUAAGCAAUACUCAACGUGAAUAAUUAUCCAAAUAUUUUUCAUAUUGUUCUAUAUAUCUUAUUUUAAACAACUGGAUAUUUCAUCAAAAUAAAAUAGAUAGAACUCAAAUAAAUUAAAUCUUCUUUACAAUAUCACAGAUGAGCCAUUCAAGUAAAAGUAGAAAACAAAUAGUUAAGCACAAAGGUAUGUGUGAUAAAAAGAAUCUAGGAAUAAUGGAAACGGGUAUCAUCAUACGAUCUAAAUGGACCCCAGAAGAAGAUAGAAAGUUAAUUGCUAAUAUGUCAUUAUUUGGUCAUCGAUGGCUUAUGGUGGCACAGAAGAUGGAAGAAAGAAAUGCCUCUCAAUGUUGCCAAAGGUGGAAAAGGCUGUAAUAGCACAAGGGAAUUCGCCAAAAUAAGGGCAAACGAUGGACUUAAACUGAGGAUUAAGCCUUGCUACGAAUUUUCAAAUAGAUUGGCCCUUAUUGGAAUGCAAUAGCUAAGCAAAUCCAAAACAAAACAGGCAAAUAAGUCAGAAGGAGGUACAAAAAUUUUCUUGAUCCAAAUCUUAAUCACGGACCAAUGACGGAUUAAGAGGAUGAAAAGAUAUUCUAGGAAUAUCUAAAGUAGGGAACUUAAUGGAGUAAAAUUUCUGUAAGUAUGCCAGGAAGAUCGGAAAACAUGGUUAAAAAUCGCUUCUACUCCUAUAUUAAGUAGAAAUAUUUAAAAUAACCUAACCUAUACUUUAGAAUAAAACCUUUGGAUUAAGAUGAAAGGCCACAAUACUCUAGUGAUAAUGAUCUGUCCUAAGGUAGUUAAAUCUAACCUAAUUAACAAGAAUAAAAUGAGAAUGAUCUAUAUAAUGAUUCAAAUGAGUUAAUAGGCAAUAAUUUAUCAAGCUAUUAUUGGAGUAUUGAGACAAGAUGCCCAUUACUUACAAACAUCUGA